CACGUCUCUUGAUGUGUCUAGGGACUCCUCCCCUGGCCCCUCAUCAUCGUCAGUGAUGGCGCCCUCUUUGCGCUCUCACGAGCCAAUUCUUCAGGGCGAUAACAAACCGCCAUCACCCACCGCCCAGUCAAUUCUUCCCCAGGAUCAGGACGUUCGGUACCUUCAUAAUGGCGACUUUGUCACCCAUAGCGAAGAUACAGAUCUGCGGAGAGGCCUUCAUCAGCGGCAUAUCUCGUUGAUCGCUAUUGCCGGAGCCAUUGGCACCGGUCUGUUUCUUGGCCUUGGAGGUUCCAUCCAAACUGCAGGGCCUCUCGGCGCUCUUCUCGGUUAUCUGACGAUAGGGCUGAUUGUUUGCGCCGUUCAAUUCGCUCUUGGAGAAGUGGCUGCCUUAUUACCUGUCACUGGAUCGUUCGUUCGCCAUACCGAACUCCUCGUCGAUCCCGCCCUGGGAUUUGCCAUCGGAUACAAUCUUGUCUAUGGCAAUCUGCUUUCUGUCCCCGCCGAGAUCAGUGCCGUCUGUGUGCUUUUCUCAUACUGGACCGAUAUUAACUCCUCCCUCUGGAUCGUCAUAUUCAUCGCCCUCACCUUUGCCGUCGGCAUUUCCUACAUUGGAAUAUAUGGUGAAGUUGAGUUCUGGUUUGCGCUUCUCAAAAUCCUCUUCAUCAUCUUCUUGAUCCUCCUUGGUCUGGUCAUCAAUCUUGGAGGAGUUCCUGGAACUCCUCGAAUCGGCUUCAGGUACUGGAAAACGCCCGGUCCCUUCGUCGAGUAUGUGGGCACUGGCAAUUGGGGCAAAUUUCUAGGCUACUGGUCCGUCAUGAGCAAUGCUGUCUUCAGUUUUGCAGGUACCGAAAGCAUCGCAAUGGCUGCUGCAGAGACUCGGAAUCCCCGUGUCGUCAUCCCAAAGGCUUGUAAAAGAGUCUUCAUUCGUGUGGCCACAUUCUACAUGCUAGCGGUUUUGAUUGUUGGCAUGCUAGUACCCAGCGACGAUCCGAGGUUGGGAGAUUAUUCCGGCACCGCAGCCACAAGUCCAUUUGUCCUAGCCGCCAGUGCUGCUGGUCUGAGAGGAGUACCCUCUGUCGUCAAUGCCAUUGUCAUUACUUCCGCCUGGUCUUCAUCGAAUCAAGCCUUGCUGUCAGGAACAAGAGUGUUAUACGGCCUCGCCUUGAAAAAUCAGGCACCGAGGAUUUUCCUUCGGACCACAUCUUGGGGCGUUCCAUAUGUUUGUGUCCUCCUUAACACUCUUUUCAUGUUUCUCGCCUUCAUGAGCUUGUCUGAAGGCGCCAUGACUGUCUUUUGGUGGUUCGUCGAUUUGACAGCUUGUGGCGUCUUGAUCUCCUGGAGCACUGUCCUCCUCAAUCACUGGCGACUGAUUGCUGCCAUGAAGAAGCAGCAGAUUCCAUUGUCUAAUUUGCCAUGGCACAACAGAUGGACUGAGUUCUCGACCCCAGCAGCCUUGGCUCUAGUCCUCAUCAUUCUUUUCACCGCAGGGUGGCAAGUUUUCACUCGAGGCAAUUGGGCGACCAGUAACUUCAUUGCUUCAUAUCUCGAUAUCCCUCUCGUUCUGACUGCAUAUCUCGUAUGGAAAUUUUACAAACGAACUAAGAUUAUCAAUUUGAUGGAUAUUCCUUUGGCUGAAGCUAUCGAGAGAGCCCAGCGGGAUAUCGAACCAGAGCCUAAGCUUCCGAAGUGGCGAAAGAUCGUCGGAUUUCUAUGGGAUUAACAUGUACAGCCCUUACGACGAGAAUUAUGACUAGAUGAUGUUAUCAGCAACCCUUGCAAGCCCCACAAUUCGGAGAUUCAUUUUCGGCCAGAGUGCCAUAUGCAAAAGAAAUUACACAGCCUGAAUGUCUGAGUAAGCAUGCGGCCAUGUGAGAGCAUGCCGCUACGUGAGAAUUCCAAGAAUCUUGGUACGGGAAUUGACAGGCUAAGGGACCGAAACUUGAUACCCAACAUCCUUCAAUAGGAAUUCAUUUCAUAGACCAAGGCU